GCAUGCGCACUACAGAUCAUCCUUCUGAUUUCUGCUUGCACUGCCACGUUAGUAGCGCGGUAGACACAAAAUACCAAGAUACUAAGCCCAAUCCUGAGCAAGAAUUGACAAGCAAAUUGAAAGACUCAACUUUUCAUCUAAAAAUUAGUCCGCCCAAUUUUGUUUUCAGCUGGAGAACACUCCCUUAGGCAAAAAUGCUCAAGUUUUUCGUCCUGUGCACGUUAGCUGUAGCCAGUCGGGCUGAGAUCGCUGAAGAAGACGAUGUUCUGGUCCUCAAGAAGAGUAACUUCGACGAGGCUCUCGCAGCGCACCCAGACAUUCUGGUAGAAUUCUAUGCCCCUUGGUGUGGUCACUGCAAGGCCCUUGCUCCAGAGUAUGCCAAGGCCGCUGGCAUGCUGAAGGCGGAGGGUUCAGCGCUCCGCCUGGGUAAGGUUGACGCAACUGAAGAGACUGAUCUGGCCCAGGAGUUUGGCGUCCGUGGAUACCCCACCAUCAAGUUCUUCAAGGGAGGAGACAAGGAAUCCCCUAAAGAAUACUCGGCUGGAAGGCAAGCAGAUGACUUUAUCAAUUGGCUAAAGAAGCGCACAGGCCCCGCUGUCACCACCUUGGCCGAUGUUACGGCUGCACAGGCGCUGAUAGCUGACCAUGAAGUUGUGGUGAUUGGAUUCUUCAAGAAUUUGGAGUCUGCUGGGGCCUUAGCCUUCAAAAAAGCAGCGGAAACAGUAGAAGACAUUCCCUUUGGUAUAACCUCAGAUGAUGCUGUUUUCACCAAGUUUGAGGUCUCCCAAGAUGGCGUUGUUCUCUUCAAGAAGUUUGAUGAAGGACGCAACACCUUUGAUGGUGACCUUACCAAAGAAACCAUCCUGUCUUUUGUCAAAGCCAACCAGCUCCCUCUCGUCAUUGAAUUCACUGAGCAGACUGCUCCUAAAAUCUUUGGGGGUGAGAUCAAGUCCCACAUUCUCAUGUUUCUGCCAAAAGCAGCCUCAGACUUCCAGGAUAAAAUGGACCAGUUUAAGAAAGCCGCAGAGUCAUUUAAAGGGCAGAUCCUGUUCAUUUUCAUCGACAGCAGUCUGGAUGACAACCAGCGCAUCCUGGAGUUCUUUGGUCUGAAGAAGGAGGAGUGCCCAGCCAUCCGCCUUAUCACCCUGGAAGAUGAGAUGACAAAGUACAAGCCAGAGAGCAACGCCAUCACCGCAGAAGGCAUUGUUGAAUUCUGUACACGAUUUACCGAAGGAAAACUGAAGCCUCACCUGAUGAGCCAAGACAUCCCCGAAGAUUGGGACAAAACCCCUGUCAAGGUUCUGGUUGGCAAGAACUUUGAGGACGUCGUCUUUGAUCCCAAGAAGAACGUCUUUGUUGAAUUCUAUGCCCCUUGGUGUGGCCACUGCAAGCAGCUGAAUCCCAUCUGGGAAAAGCUGGGAGAGAAGUACAAGGACAGUGCCGACAUCAUUGUGGCCAAGAUGGAUUCAACAGCCAAUGAGAUCGAGUCCGUCAAAGUCCACAGUUUCCCUACUCUGAAAUUCUUCCCUGUGGGAGAAGAACGCAAGGUGAUUGACUACAACGGGGAGAGAACACUGGAAGGUUUCAUCAAGUUCCUGGAGAGCGGUGGUCAGGAGGGAGGUGCCCCCGCUGGAGAUGAUGAUGAUGACGACGACGAUGAUGAGGGCGACGACAUUGAGGAUUCGGAUGAUGUGGACGAGGGUGAGGACUCUGACGGCGAGGACAACAGACACAUCGAGCUGUAAAAAGUUGCUGGAAGAAAGUACCGCUCCGCCCCCACGUACCACUCACCUACACUACUUUCACUCAUCCUAAUAGACUGUCCCUCUUCGGCGACCAUUGUUUCUUCUCUAGCUGCCUGCCAGUCCACCAACCGGCCCACAGCUUGGCCAGUCUGUAUAUCUCUUCACGAUUUCUCUUUCCAGACAGGUUUUGUUCUAUAUAUGGGGGAGGGGCACACAGGACACACCACCUUCAUGAUGCUGAUAACUCUGUAGAACGCCAUGCCAAAUCACCCCCCCCCCCCCUCUUUUAUUGGUGUGUGGAAAACUGGCAUUGAGAUCCAUUU